AUGGGUAGAGUGGCGGUUAUUGGUGGUAGUGAGGAUUACACUGGCGCACCAUAUUUUUCUGCAAUGGCCAGUGCUAGACUGGGCGCAGAUAUGAGUCAUGUAAUCUGCGAGCCCCAGGCCGCACAGGUUAUUAAAACGUACUCGCCAAAUUUAAUGGUUCAUCCAUUAAUGCGACAAUCGUCCCAUGCCAAAAUGACCGAAACAGCUGGUUCGAUCGCUCAAAAUGUUAUCGAUAUGUUACCGCGAUUACAUGUCAUCGUUGUGGGACCUGGCUUGGGACGCGAUAAAUUAAUGCAGGAUACAUGUGUAAAGGUUCUUCAAGCUGCGCGGGAAUAUAAUAUGCCCUUUGUUCUCGAUGCCGAUGGUUUGCAGCUGGCUUCGUCGAGACCGGAUCUAGUCCAGGGAUAUAGGGAGUGUAUCUUGACGCCGAAUGUGGUGGAGUUUGGGAGGCUGUGUAGGAGUAAGGGGAUUGAUGUUGAGGGGUUGAAUGCGGAGGAGGGUGCGGAGAAAUUGGCUAGGGCGUUUGGUGGUGUUACGAUUGUGCGGAAGGGUCCGCAGGAUUAUAUUUCUAAUGGGGAUGAGACGUAUGUUAGUGAUAUUCAAGGGGGGUUGAAGAGGAGUGGUGGACAAGGUGAUACGUUGACUGGAAGUUUGGCGACGUUUUUAGGAUGGAGAAAGGCUUAUUUGGAUAAAUUGUGGGAUCAUGAGGGUGAUAUUGAUGAGAUUGAAUCGUUAGCUCUAGCGGCAUUUGGAGGUAGUAGUAUAACAAGAGAAUGUUCGAGGCUAGCGUUUGCUAAGAAGGGUAGGAGUUUACAGGCUAGUGAUCUGACUGAAGAAGUAUACGCCGCAUUUACAAAUCUUCUUGAUCCGGAAGAUGCGCCUGCUAAGUUGUAG